AUGGUCAGCAAGGACACGUACUCGUGGGUCCAGGAACAGUUAUUCCAAGACGUGGUAAAGAACACGGGUGACAGUGCCAAAGCCUGGCAGUCGUACUAUACUAUCCUCGGCCGUCUGGCGUAUUACCAGAACCUGCCCUAUUACGACAUCGGGGACACACCAGCUAUCGCAAGGUUUCAAGAUUAUCAGUUUCCUCAGUCUAGAAAGGGUCUGUCUGUGGCCGUCACGGCGGUCUGUGUGCACAUUGUCCUGGCGAAUUCUUCGCUUACAGAGGAUGUGAUGCGAAGCUUUUCGAUAAUGAGGGAUAGAGAUGUGGAGAAAGACAUCUUGACGCGAGGCAUGAAGGACAAAAUAGUUCAUAUCAGCUAG